AGCGUCAUCCAGAGAGAGCCAGAGAGAUCUCAUAGCACGGCUGUUCUUCAGGGCUGCGUCCGGGACACGAGAGGACCUCAGUGCGCAGAACUCCAGAGACGAGAGUAAGGGGCGCGAUGGCUUCAGCCGGCCUGCAGGUGCUGGGCAUGAUUCUAGGCGUGUCGGGCUGGCUGGGCGUAAUGGUGGCCUGCUGUCUGCCCAUGUGGCGAGUGGCAGCGUACGUGGGCCAGAACAUCGUGAUCACGCAGGUGGUGUGGGAGGGCCUGUGGAUGAGCUGCGUGGUGCAGAGCACAGGACAGAUGCACUGCCACAUCUACGACUCCAUGCUGGGACUGCCCCAGGACCUGCAAGCUGCCCGGGCCUUGACGGUCAUCGCCGUGCUUGCCGGCGUGGCGGGCAUUACGCUGGCCGUUGCAGGCGCCAAGUGCACCAACUGCACGGCAGAUCCGGCCAGCAAACCGCGCAUCAUGCUGGCAGCAGGCGGGGCGUUCGCAGUCGGGGGACUCCUGUUGCUGGUAGCUGUGUGCUGGACGGCCAACACCAUUGUGAUGGACUUCCACGACCCACUUCUGCUUGAGACCCAGAAGCGGGAGUUUGGGAACUCGCUGUAUUUCGGCUGGGGCGCCUCCUGUCUCCUGAUCUUAGGCGGGGUCAUAUUGUCCUGCUCCUGCCUAUCCCGAGCACAGGGCAGUCCCACAUCUCCUCGUGUGGAGUACUCUACAGUCAAGUCCCUGCCUGCAAUCGGACAGGACCGACGGGACUACGUUUGAACGGGCUGCCUUGUUGAGGAGAGAAAUGAGAGCAAGUGGCAGGCCAGAGAUGUGUGUUGAGACAUGACUUCAUCGCAGUAAUGAUUCAGGACAACUAAUGUCUUUGGAAUAGAAAUUAUGUAGAGUAAAUUCAGUCAGCCAUCAUGCUACAGGUAUAAACCUAAUAUUUAAGUGUAGAAACAUGUUUUCAGCUGGGAACAUUGUAUUAUAACAUCCUUUGUAACGCAUCUAGAUUGUUGUGUCAUAAUGGCCUUUGUAACACAACUAGAUUGGACACAACCUGAAACUUGUGCAGCGUUCCCAAGUGCCACAUUUAAAACUUCAUACAAGGAAGAACAAACUUACCAAGCUCCCAGAAACUGUUGCCUGCAUGGUCACCCAUUUUGCAGUAAACCAUAGAAUCUAUGUUCAUUUAAUAAUUUUCUGGAUGGCAUGUAUUGGAAUUGUCAGGUUAAUUGCAGGUUAAUGCAUCUGUAAGGCUGAAUGGACACUGCAAGGUUUAACAAUGAAACACAAUGUAUGAAAAUAAAAGUUCUUAUCAGAGACCAAUCAGCAUCUGAAUUUCUGCUAGAACCCUUUGUUUUUUCCCCCCAAAAGUCAAGGCG